AGCGGCCAGAAUAUUAUCUUACACUUUCAGUUAACGUUAUACACCGAAACCGUCAACAACCGGGCUGUGUGCCAGUGCGAAAGAGAGAGCGAUACGGCUCGAAAAAGAGAUAGCAACAGUAGCGGGAGAAAAUUCUAGGUAGACUUUUCUAGCCGUGUACCCCGCUCUCUUCGUCCAUGGCCAGCAAUCGCUCUUGUCGGACUGCGGAGGAGAUUCGAGUUCGGCUCGGUGGACUAGUGGUCUUAUCUUAGAGGAGUACGCGAAGAAUUCGCGGCUGUAAUACGACACCAACAGCCUGCAGACAGACGCUCCCAGAUCGCCCAGUAUGUCAGUCACACUCUUGCUGUCUGUCCUUAAUUGUUUUGUGUGAACGGAAAUUAAUAAUAGACCUACAAUUCAUUAAUAAGAAAAACCGACAAAGGCGGGGCGAAAAUAUUUGCAUAUAGUGAGUGCUCUGGAGCAACAACUGCAAUACGAAUCGAACAGAAGCGGAAACAACUGCUUCAAAGUCGAAUCCCAGGGUUUAUUGAACUUUCCCAAAAUCGAGAGCGAGAUACGGAGAAAUGGUUCGGCAAUUCUCGCCCUGGAAGGUUCUCACCCGGCGCAAGCAUCUCCAGGCCGAUGGAAGCGAGGGGGAGACGAAGCUGAACCGGGUGCUGGGUCUGUGGGACCUCACGGCCCUCGGAGUGGGAUCGACCCUGGGAGCCGGGGUCUACGUGCUGGCCGGACAGAUAGCCAAGGAUCAGGCGGGUCCCUCGGUGAUGAUAUCAUUUGCCAUCGCCGCACUGGCCUCGCUGCUGGCGGGAGUUUGCUAUGCAGAGUUUGGCGCUCGAGUUCCCAAGGCGGGAUCGGCCUAUGUUUAUAGUUAUGUGUGCAUUGGUGAAUUUGUGGCUUUUGUAAUUGGCUGGAAUCUCAUUUUGGAAUAUGUCAUCGGCACAGCGAGUGUUUGUAGAGGUAUCAGCCUGUACCUGGACUCCUUACUGAACGACACCUUGAAAAACACAUUCGCCGAGGUGGCCCCCAUGAAUGUCAGUUUUCUGGGAAGCUACUUUGACUUUUUGGCCUUUGGCCUCGUAGUCGUUUUUGGUGUGGCACUUGCUUUUGGAGUGGAGACAUCCACAAUGGCCAACAAUUUUGUGACCUGUCUCAACAUAUUCAUUCUGGGCUUCGUCAUAGUUGCUGGCGCCAUAAAAGCUGACUUCUCCAACUGGACGGUGGAUCCGAGUGCUGUCAGUACGAAUUCUACGAUCGGAUCAGGUGGUUUUUUCCCCUACGGAUUCGAGGGAACUCUCCGAGGAGCUGCAACCUGCUUUUUUGGCUUCGUGGGAUUCGAUUGUAUCGCCACCACUGGAGAAGAGGUUCGAGAUCCUCGGAAAAACAUCCCAAAAUCGAUCCUGCUCUCGCUGCUGAUCAUCUUCCUGUGCUAUUUCGGAGUGUCCACUGUGCUGACCCUGAUGCUGCCAUAUUAUCUGCAAGAUGCCAACGCACCUCUGCCCUAUGCCUUCGAGUAUGUGGGUUGGCCGGUGGCCAUGUGGAUUGUCACGGUCGGUGGCUUGGUGGGUCUGUUGGCGUCUCUUUUCGGAGCUCUAUUCCCACUGCCCAGGGUGAUGUACUCGAUGGCCCAGGAUGGUCUCUUGUUCAAAUUUCUGGGCAAAGUGAGUCCGAGAUUCCGGGUUCCAGUAACAGGAUCCAUAGUGGCAGCCCUUUUCACAGCCGCAAUCGCUGGACUCUUCGAUUUGGCCCAGUUGGUCAGCCUGCUCUCGAUUGGCACUUUGUUGGCCUACAGCGUUGUGGCCAUAUCGAUAAUGCUCCUUCGAUAUAUGGACUAUUGCGAUGUCGAGGAGACUCAAGGGCAGAGGGACAGAGUCCGAGCUUCGGAAACCACCUCAUUGACCUCGAGCAGUGAGCGAUUCACCUUCGGUUCAGUCUGCACCCAGCUAUUCAAUGUUCAUCGCAUCCAGGAGCCAAAUGCGAUCUCCUCAAGGAUUGUGGGAGUGCUGGCUACGUUGUUUUGUCUGCUCUCCUUGGGCAUUGGAGUGCUGGUAAUACAGGCGCAUUCCUUAAUCGCCUCGAAAGAGAUUUGGGCAUUGACCCUCCUGUGCAUACUAAUCCUGCUGGUGUUCCUGGUGAUCCUGCUGAUUUGUCUCCAGCCCAGAGAAGCUCGUCGUAGACUAUUCCGAGUGCCUUUCGUACCGAUUGUUCCCGCCAUCAGUAUCUUCAUCAACAUAUAUCUGAUGCUCCAGCUGGACAGUUGGACGUGGAUACGCUUCGGUGUCUGGAUGAUAGUGGGUAUUCCCAUAUUCCUUGCAUGCUGGUAUCUUUACGAUUGCAAGAAUCCACAGAAGCGAAAUCCCGAAAGAUGGGCUUUCUACAAGGCCCUGAAGGGUUUUCAGGAAAGUCGCGAGCAGGAAUACCAUUGCAUUUCCAAGGAGAGUGUCCUAACCCUGGAAACGCAGCUGAAGAAGAGUCCCACCAGUAGUUUGGAUCAGAUACAGAAUCUUAGUGACGUGGGCGAGGACCUGAUUGAAGUUAAACAUGCCAAUGGCAAGGUGUUUUACGUGGAGGACACGAAGAGUGAAAACUCCACAGCCACCUUGGGCUGCGACAAUGAGUUUCCGUCGCGGGAGGACGAGCAGUCGGUUAUAGCCAUGCUGGACGAUGUCCUGGAUGCCGAGGACACUCAGCAAAGUCAGCAGGAGCUGGACCUCCAGCAGCAGCUGAUUUUUGAGCGCCACUUCAGCCUGGACUCCGAGAUGUAUCCGAGUGUCAUAGAAACGGUCAUUGUGGCCACCGUCCACAGCAGCAGCGAUGACGAUGAGGUGCAGGGCGGGAUUACCCUGAGGCUGAGUAAGUACGAGGAAUGCAAGCUGGUGGCUCACCAAAUGCUGGAGGAGCUGUUCAACAGCGAGGCCUUCUACGAGCAGCUGCAGAGGGUUAAAGCCGAAGCGGAUUCACCGGCGAAAGAGGAUGAAUUAGUGGGGAAUUUUCCGGAUGCCGAAUCCGUGAACGAUUCCAAGGACCGCCAGCCGAUUUUCGUACUGCAACGCCUGGCCUCCCAGACUUCCCUCAAAUCCCAGGCCUCCGCAAUUGAGGACCCGCUGCAUUCGGCCAAGUUUAAAGACCGCUUAAGCCACAUCAUUAUGAAUGCCAAUGCCCACCAGGUGAAGGGGGUUGUGAGGAGAAGCGAUGACGAGGAGCAGGAGGAGGAGGAGGUCAAGGAGGCCCAGCUGGAGGAGACCAGAGCAAGGCCGCUUCUGAAGCAAUCGAAAAGCGAAACCGAUGUGCGUCGCCUAAUGCUCAAGGCCAUCAGCGAACUGAAAACCGGCCAUAAUGAGACUGGUAAUGCUGAUGAGGUCCUCACCGAAGUGCUGCCCACCGCCUCCACUACCCCGGGCGGCCCCUCGCACUCCCAGGAGGCAGUUUCAGUGCCAGUUGCCGCUCCAAAUGCAGGUGGCAACAUACCACGUCCACCGAAAUUCGAUCCGGUUCUGUACAAGACCAUCAACAGCAUUAGUUUGCGCAAACAGCGACCCAGUUUGAGUCGCCAGCAUAUCGUGGAUGCCAAGAACCCGGCGCUCUUGCCACCGGAAUCGCAGCCGGAGACGCGUCCGGAUCCUGGCCAGCAACCGGAGAAGGCGGAGCCUUUGCCAUUCAAAGCCAAAUUGGAGGCUAUAUUGCAGCGGGGUCCCUCGCACCGAACCCAACAACAUCCGGAAUUGGUGCGUCGCCAGCGUCCGCAGUCCACCUACAUAGAAGUCGAGGAGACGGAGAGCUGAGGGGCUUACCAACCUCCUUCACUACCCUGGCCCAUUAUAGACCCCCCUGGUGAAACCAAAGAGGGUGCCAUUUUCCCCCAGUUAAACGUAGUUAGGUCCUGCAUUCGAAUCGGAAUGCAAACGUACCUUGCUUUGUACAUAUCUAGCUGUAGCUGUAGUCACUAGUAUGUAGUUAGCGCGGAAUGCAAGCAAUCCUAGAUGAUAAGUACCAGGUGGAUUGUGAGGGGUAAGGCAUGACUAGAUAGGGUAGUUGCAAAAUCAAUUAAGAACAAAACACUAGGAGUUUCCAGCAAAAGAGUUAUGGUUAUCUAAAUCUAACUAAAACUUUAAAUCAUAAAUAAACAAGCUGAUUUCGAAAUAUAAUAGCGUGUAGUGAGAAAAACGAUUCUUGACAAGUACUGCACU